CAACCUGUCAGUUUUUUUAUUAGAUUUUUAGUCUCCUAAUAAAAAUAUUUUGAUGAUUUUUAGUCUCCUAAUCUAAGACCAAUCGAAGAAGAAGAAGAGGGUAUUUUUUUUUUCUCCAAGAGAUAUGGCUUUAGUUGUUACUUCUUCCUCAACCGCAAUAUCGGGAUAGAAUUUCUCAUGCUCAGGAGCUUCCUCUAAUCCUAAAGUUUCUCAUUACACCAAAAGAUCAGAAGAAAAGCGACGAGCAAAAUGGCAGAGUAUUUGGUAACUGGAGGGACCAGCUUUAUAGCAUCUCACGUUGUCAAGGCACUUCUCGACUUGGGUCAUUCCGUUAGAACAACUGUUAGAGACUCCUCAGAUGAAGAGAAGGUGAGGUUUUUGUGGGAGUUGAAAGGAGCGAAAGAAAGGUUGAAGAUAUUUGAAGCCGAUCUAACGGUGGAGGGAAGCUUUGAUGAGGCAGUUUAUGGUGUUGAUGGAGUCUUCCACAUCGCCUCUCAGGCUUCUGUUUGUCUUGACAACAAUAAUCUGGAGAAGUUGAUGAAAUCUGACAUAAGUGGAACAAGGAAUCUGAUGAACUCUUGUGAAAAAUCCAGAAACACUGUGAAAAGGAUUGUUUUCACAUCUUCUUCAACCACAGUCCGCUACCGUUUUGACGCCACAGAAGAGUCUCCACUCAACGAAUCGCAUUGGAGUGAUCUCGACUACUGCAAACGCUUCAAUAUCUGGUAUGGUUAUGUAAAGACUUUAUGGGAGAAAGAAGUGAGGAUCGCAGCCGAGAAGAAGCUAAACCUAGUUGUAGUGAUCCCUUCAUAUUCGUUCGGUCCUAUACUUAGUCCAAAACCCACGAGAUCCCCUCUAACUUUGCUGUCCAUUGUCAAAGGGGAUCUUGGAGAAUACCCAAAUUUCAGGGGAGGGUUUGUGCACAUAGACGAUGUAGUUGCUGCACAUAUCUUAGCGAUGGAAGAGCCUAAAGCAUCAGGAAGAUACAUAUGUUCGUCUAGUUCAGUGGCUAACUGGCCAGAGAUCAUUGAGAUGCUAAGAACCAAAUACCCGUUAUACCCAUUUGAGACCAAUGAAGAAGGGAAAGAUAUGCCUCAUAGUUUGGACACAACAAAGAUACGUGAACUUGGACUUACGUCUUUCAAGUCAUUAGAUGAGAUGUUCGAUGACUGCAUCAAGUCUUUCCAAGACAAGGGUCUACUCUGAAACCGUUACUGGGAAUAAUAGUGAGCAAGCUGAUGAAUCUGUUGGAAUAUGAUUCAAAUACCCAACGAUCUCUUCUCUUACAACUUAUCGCAGACUUUUAUCAUCUCGUUCAUGUCUUGUUGAGUUCCUUUGGACUGAGCAGUUAGAUUGUUCAUCCUCAUCGAUGGACUGAUAGUGUCACGAGCUUGACAAAGAGCACGUGUCAGUCUCUUUACUUAGUGGAGAGUGUCUCCAUUUGAUUAUCAUCGCUCACAAGUCAUAAUCACCAUUA